AUGGAGUUGGCAGCAGGGGGUGCUUCAUGGAGCUGGCAGCAGGGGGUGCUUCAUGGAGUUGGCAGCAGGGGGUGCUUCAUGGAGCUGGCAGCAGGGGGUGCUUCAUGGAGCUGGCAGCAGGGGGUGCUUCAUGGAGCUGGCAGCAGGGGUGCUUCAUGGAGCUGGCAGCAGGGGGUGCUUCAUGGAGCCGGCAGCAGGGGGUGCUUCAUGGAGUUGGCAGCAGGGGGUGCUUCAUGGAGCCGGCAGCAGGGGGUGCUUCAUGGAGCCGGCAACAGGGGGUGCUUCAUGGAGCCGGCAGCAAGUGGUCCUUCAUGGAGCUGGCAGCAGGGGGGGCUUCAUGGAGCUGGCAGCAGGGGGUGCUUCAUGGAGCUGGCAACAGGGGGUGCUUCAUGGAGCUGGCAGCAGGGGGUCCUUCAUGGAGCUGGCAGCAGGGGGGGCUUCAUGGAGCUGGCAGCAGGGGGGGGCUUCAUGGAGCUGGCAGCAGGGGGUGCUUCAUGGAGCUGGCAGCAGGGGGGGCUUCAUGGAGCUGGCAGCAGGGGGGGGCUUCAUGGAGCUGGCAGCAGGGGGUCCUUCAUGGAGCUGGUAGCAGGUGGGGCUUCAUGGAGCUGGCAACAGAGGGCGCUUCAUGGAGCCGGCAGCAGGGGGUGCUUCAUGGAGCCGGCAGCAGGGGGUGCUUCAUGGAGCUGGCAGCAGGGGGUGCUUCAUGGAGCCGGCAGCAGGGGGUGCUUCAUGGAGCCGGCAGCAGGGGGUGCUUCAUGGAGCCGGCAGCAGGGGGUGCUUCAUGGAGCCGGCAGCAGGGGGUGCUUCAUGGAGUUGGCAGCAGGGGGUGCUUCAUGGAGCCGGCAGCAGGGGGUGCUUCAUGAAGCCGGCAGCAGAGGGUGCUUCAUGGAGCCGGCAGCAGGGGGUGCUUCAUGGAGCCGGCAGCAGGGGGUGCUUCAUGGAGCCGGCAGCAGGGGGUGCUUCAUGGAGCCGGCAGCAGGGGGUGCUUCAUGGAGCCGGCAGCAAGUGGUCCUUCAUGGAGCUGGCAGCAGGGGGGGCUUCAUGGAGCUGGCAGCAGGGGGUGCUUCAUGGAGCUGGCAGCAGGGGGUCCUUCAUGGAGCUGGCAGCAGGGGGGGCUUCAUGGAGCUGGCAGCAGGGGGGGGCUUCAUGGAGCUGGCAGCAGGGGGUCCUUCAUGGAGCUGGUAG